AUGAGCUCUAUCCGCUUUGUCGUGUCCUCUCUGGAUGCCAUCCAGAAACAUGCUGGCACUCGCAACAAGCCCCUGACCGACGGCGUUGAAAAGGCCCAGGCCGCUCUCAAGGAAGCCGACCCUCACCUGCCAGACCCCGAGAUCAUCUUUGCGCCGCUGCAGCUGGCCUCACGCUCCGGCAACGUCCAGCUGACAACCACCGCCCUCGACUGCAUCGGCAAACUCAUCUCCUCCUCCUACUUCUCCGUCACUUCCGAGCCUCCUGCCGAGCCACCAGCCGCACAAGAUGCCUCUGCCCAACCACACGCGCCGCUCAUCGAGCGGGCCAUCGACACAAUAUGCGACUGCUUCCAAGGCGAGGCCACUCCUGUCGAGGUCCAGCUGCAGAUCAUCAAGUCCCUGCUCGCCGCCGUCCUGAACGAUAAGAUCGUGGUCCACGGCGCUGGCUUGCUCAAGGCUGUGCGCCAGGUCUACAACGUCUUCUUGCUGUCCAGGAACACCAACAACCAGCAGAUAGCACAGGGAACCCUUGCGCAGAUGGUUGGUACCGUCUUUGAGAGGGUCAAGACACGGCUACACAUGAAGGAGGCCCGUCUGAACCUGGCCAAGCUCAAGAACGGCGAGAGCAAUGCCACCUUCGACCGGCGGGACUCGGUGGAUGGUGACGAGGCCGAUGGCGACGGCGGCGAGCCUGCCGAACCCGCGGCCGCGGAGCCGCCCACGGCCGAGAAGGCGGCCGAGGACGGGCCAAAGCUCACCCUGAGGGACCUGGAGCACCGGAAGAGCUUCGACGACUCCAACAUGGGCGACGGCCCCACCAUGGUGACCAAGCUGAAAGGCCCACGGAAAGCUUCGAGGUCCGUGUCGGAACAGAGCAACGCCGAGACGACCGCGACCGACCGCGACCAGGACGACGCGCAGGAGUCUCUUGACACCGAGGACGAGAUCUACGUCAGAGACGCCUACCUUGUCUUCCGCUCCUUCUGCAACCUGUCCACCAAGAACCUGCCACCCGAGAUGCUAUAUGACUUGCGUGGCCAGCCCAUGCGCUCCAAACUUAUCUCUCUCCACCUCAUACACACACUUCUGAAUAACCACAUUUCAGUCUUCACCUCGCCAUUAUGUACCAUCACGAGCACCAAAAGUAAUGAGCCCACGAGUUUCUUGCAAGCGAUAAAAUUCUACCUGUGUCUUAGUAUCUCCCGCAACGGGGCCAGUUCCGUCGACCGAGUAUUUGAGGUCUGCUGCGAUAUUUUCUGGCUCAUGUUGAAAUUCAUGCGAGCACCAUUCAAGAAAGAAAUAGAGGUCUUCCUCAACGAGAUCUAUCUCGCGCUGCUGUCCAGGAAAAAUGCGUCCCCAACCCAGAAGCUGCAGGUCAUUACAAUCCUUCAGAGGUUCUGCGGUGACCCUCGCGCCCUGGUCGAGUCUUACUUGAACUACGAUUGUGACAGCCAGAUGAACAACAUCUUCCAGACCAUUGUCGAGGACCUGGCAAAGUACUCAACGUCCAACGUCCCAGUGAAGCCGGAACACGAGCAGCAAUACGAGGACAAGGUUGCCAAGACAAACCCCGGCGACUGGCAGAUGAAGGGCAUGCUCCCGCCUUCGCUGUCAGUAGCAAAUAUCGUCCCGCCAGAAGAGCCGGAGAAUGGGAUUCCAAAGGAAUAUCUGAUGAAGCGUGCCGCUCUCGACGCGCUGGUCGAAUCCCUGCGGUCCAUGGUCAACUGGUCACAGCCCGACCAGUCAAAUGGGACGAGCGAGUCGUCCGAUAUCGAGAAGAGGCAAUCCCUCGAUGGUGUGAGGGAGUCAAUUGAUCCUUCUGUUGCGGACGGCACGUCGAGGAUGGAGACCCCUAUCAUGCCUUCAACACCUACAAUAGAAGAUGACCCUGAGCAGCUGGAAAAGGAGAAGGCGCGCAAGACUGCGCUUGACCGCGCCAUCCGAGCGUUCAACUUCAAACCGAAAAGGGGUAUCAAAAUGCUGCUUGAGGGAGGCUUCAUCCCCAGCGAUAGCCCGCAGGACCUGGCGCGUUUUCUACUGACCGAGGAACGGCUGGACAAGGCCCAGAUAGGCGAGUACCUGGGAGAAGGUGAGGCGAAGAACAUCGAAGUCAUGCACGCCUUUGUCGACUCGAUGGACUUCAAUAAGAGGCGGUUCGUAGAUGCACUGCGCCACUUCCUGCAAGCCUUUCGAUUGCCUGGCGAGGCUCAGAAGAUCGAUCGAUUCAUGCUACAAUUCGCAUCGCGCUACCUCUCUGGCAACCCCAACGCAUUCGCUAGCUCGGACACAGCAUAUGUGCUUGCGUACUCGGUCAUCAUGCUGAACACCGACCUGCACAGCAGCAAGAUCGCGAGACGCAUGACCAAGGAAGACUUCAUCAAGAACAACAGAGGCAUCAACGACAACGCCGAUUUGCCUGCAGAAUACCUCACCAGCAUCUACGAUGAGAUCGCAAGCAACGAGAUAGUGUUGAAGAGCGAGAGGGAUGCUGCUGCUGCUGCUGGGCCAGUUGCCCCUCAGACCAGUGGCCUAGGUCUUGGCCUCGGGUCGGUAUUCUCAAACGUGGGUCGGGACUUACGAAGAGAAGCAUAUGUGCAGCAGUCCGAAGAAAUCGCUCUCAGAUCAGAGCAGCUUUUCAAAGAUCUUUUCCGUAACCAGCGGAGGAACGCCGCCAACGCCGGAGUUAAAUUCAUUCCAGCAACAUCAUUCAAGCACGUCGGUCCCAUGUUCGAUGUCACCUGGAUGUCGUACUUUUCAGCAUUAUCCAACCAAAUGCAAAAUGCCCACAACCUAGAGGUAGUCAAGCUUUGCCUAGAAGGCAUGAAGCUCGCAGCAAAGAUCGCAUGCUUCUUCGAAUGGGCAACCCCUCGUGAGGCUUUCGUCUCGGUCUUGAAGAACACGGCAAACCUCAAUAACCCGCAAGAGGUGCUGGCAAAGAAUGUCGAGGCUCUCAAGGUGUUGCUGGAUCUUGGCCAGACUGAGGGGAACUACUUGAAAGAAUCUUGGAAAGACAUUCUGAUGUGCAUCAGUCAGCUAGACCGGCUGCAGCUCAUCACUGGCGGCGUUGAUGAGAGCUCAGUGCCAGACGUGUCCAAGGCCCGGUUCGUGCCACUGCAGCGGGAGAACACGAAUGAUUCAAAGCGGUCAUCAUCAUCCAGAAAGCACCGUCCACGCAACAACACCGGUCCACAAGGCUUCUCUACAGUGCUUGCUCUGGAAGCUAGGUCAGACGAAAUAAUCAAAACAGUGGAUAGGAUCUUCACCAACACCGCGAAUCUCGAUGGCGACGCGAUUGUACAAUUCGCACGGGCUCUGACUGAAGUGAGCUGGGACGAGAUCAAGGUGUCUGGCGCACAUGACAGGCCUCGCAUGUACAGCUUGCAGAAAAUCGUCGAGAUCAGCUACUACAACAUGACACGUGUGAGGUUCGAAUGGACUCACAUUUGGGACGUUCUUGGCGAGCACUUCAACAAGGCCGGGUGCCACGUCAAUGAGACCGUCGUCAUCUUCUCCAUCGACUCGCUGCGGCAAUUGUCAAUGAGAUUCAUGGAGAUUGACGAGCUCCCAGGUUUCAAAUUCCAAAAGGACUUUUUGAAGCCUUUCGAACACGUCAUGUCAAAUUCCAGCAACCUCAGGGUAAAAGAGCUGGUCCUCAGUUGUCUGAUCCAGAUGAUCCAGGCAAGGGGCGAAAACAUCAAGUCUGGUUGGAGGACCAUGUUUGGAAUCUUCACCGUCGCCGCCCGGGAUCCAAACGAGACGAUAGUCAAUAUGGCCUACGAGAACGUCCUCAAAGUGUACAAGACCCGCUUUGGCGUCGUCAUCAACCAGGGCGCUUUCACGGAUCUCAUCGUCUGUCUGACAGAGUUCUCAAAGAACAUCAAAUACCAGAAGAAAAGUCUUCAAGCCAUGGAGACACUCAAGUCAAUUAUCCCACAGAUGCUCAAAACACCCGAGUGCCCUCUAUCCCGGAAGUCCGACCUCAAUGCUGCUCAGUCAAGCAUGGCAGAUAUCCACCUCAAGUCACCCGGCCAACAAACCCGCACGUCGGUGGAAGAGGGUUUCUGGUUCCCCGUCUUGUUCGCUUUCCACGAUGUGCUAAUGACGGGAGAAGAUCUCGAGGUCCGAUCAAACGCCUUGAACUAUUUCUUCGAGGCCCUCCUUAGGUAUGGUGGUGACUUUCCUCCAGAAUUCUGGGACAUCCUCUGGCGGCAACAGCUGUACCCUAUAUUCAUUGUGUUGCGGUCCAAGCCCGAGAUGAGCAACGCUCUGAACCACGAGGAACUAUCCGUGUGGCUGUCGACGACCAUGAUCCAGGCCCUCCGUCACAUGAUCACGCUCUUCACUCAUUACUUUGAGGCAUUGGAGUAUAUGCUCGACCGCUUUCUAGAGCUUCUAGCUCUCUGCAUCUGCCAGGAGAAUGACACAAUUGCAAGAAUAGGGAGCAACUGCCUUCAGCAACUCAUCUUGCAGAAUGUCAGAAAAUUCACUGUGGAGCACUGGUCCAAAAUUGUCGGCGCGUUCUGCGAAUUGUUCGAGCGAACGACUGCUUACCAGCUUUUCUCGGCCACGACAAUCAACAAUACCGCCUCAUUGGCACCGGUGUCCAACGGUGUUGAUUUUGGGGAGCCGUUGAGCCCUGGCUUAGAAGGGGCGGACGAUGACUCGAAGUCUCUGAAGAUCAAUGGCGUAGAGACAAAUGGCCACUCGGAUGAUGACCGGCCUUCAACAGCAGCCAGUACAUUUGCGGAGGAAGACCCUCAGAGGACACCGACAACAGCCAAGCCACUCGAAGAAUUCAAGCCCUCGAGUAAUCUCCAGAUGCCUCCGCCACAAAUUUCCGCUGCCCGGCGCCGCUUUUUCAACCGCAUCAUCAGCCGAUGCGUUUUGCAGCUUCUCAUGAUCGAGACGGUCAACGAGCUUUUCAGCAACGACAACGUCUACGCGCAGAUACCCUCCAACGAGCUCCUGCGGUUGAUGGCAGUGCUCAAGAAGUCAUUUCUGUUCGCGCAGCGUUUCAACAACGACAAGGAGUUGCGGAUGCGCCUCUGGAGGGAAGGCUUCAUGAAGCAGCCUCCCAACCUGCUGAAGCAGGAGUCUGGAUCCGCUGCGACUUACGUUGCUAUCCUGUUCCGAAUGUUUGCCGACACGGACCCACGUAGGAGUGAGUCCAAGGCGGAUGUUGAAAACGCGUUGGUCCCUCUGUGCAAAAGUAUCAUUCGCAGCUAUGUCACGCUCGAGGAGGAGAGCCAGCAUCGAAACAUCGUGGCCUGGAGGCCUGUCGUGGUCGACGUGCUAGAAGGCUACGCGGCGUUCCCAGAACAGUCCUUCAAGAGCCACGUGCAGUCUUUCUAUGGUCUGGUGGUCGAGCUUAUGGCGAGCAAGGAAUUGACUGGGGAAUUGAGGGGCGCUAUCCUGGGCGUGCUGAGGCGGGUGGGAGAGGUUGAACUGGGCAUCAAGGGAAUGGUCAACGCCGCCGCUGGUGACGAUGAUCUGAGGAGGGCUAGUGUGGUGUCCACGAGGAGCGACGCGACAAGCGCGAUUGUGGACCGUGAGGGUAUCGAUGCUAGUGCUAGAAUGUUUGGGAGGGCGUGA